ACGACAAGUGAAAAAGUCACAAUGGCAUUUUGUUUGCGCGCGUCUUUUGAAUUCAAAAGGCGCCCCUCUUUUAGUUUUACUCUUAUGACAAUGGAGGUCAAGUCGACACCUGCCGUGUUGGAUUCCUCUUCUUUAACCAAGAAACCAAAGAACCCACUUGCUAAUAAACUCAACAAAGUUCUCAACUCUUCAGCAUCCGAAGAUGCCACCGUAAAAGCAGCUUUAACAGCACUUUCCAAUAUACCUGAUCUGGAUGAGACCAGUCUUCGACGCAACCUUCGAGUAACGAUCGAGAAAAAAGAAAUUGAGACCAACAAAAAGUUCUUAAAUGCAUUUAAAAGCGUUGUUGUGCAAUUUGAUCAUUUAGAAUCUCAAAUGAAUCAAAUGGAAGCAGUAUGUCAAGAUAUGAAAAAGCGACUUAUUAAUGCUGAAUCACAAACAUCAAAUAUGAUUGAACAAGCCAAUAUUAUGCAGCAACAUAGUGCUGUUUGCAAUACACAAAUUGUCAUUGUGGACCGUUUUCUGGAGAAAUUUACUCUUUCUGAACAAGAAAUCAAAAUAUUAAGUUCAUCUUCUGAACCUGUCAAUCAUUCGUUUUUUGAUGCCCUUGAACAUUUGCAAAAGAUACACAGUGAUUGUCAAUUAUUGCUUAUCACCAAGAAUCAAACAGCAGGUCGAGACAUUAUGGAAUCCAUGUCUCAAUAUCAAGAGAAUGCAUAUGACAAAUUAUACAAAUGGACACAAUACGAAAGUAGAACAUGCUUUGGUGGAGACAUCAUUGAAGUGAAUAUCUUGAUGACGAAAGCACUUCGUGCUUUAAUGCUGCGACCUGUAUUGUUUCAAACUAUUCUUGAUGAAAUUGCUUCAGCGAGACAUGAUGCAGUGGCAAGAGCCUUUGUGAAUGCAUUGACUCGUGGUGGUCCUGGAGGGACACCUCGUCCCAUUGAAUUACAGGCACCAGAUCCAUUGCGUUACAUUGGUGAUAUGCUUGCUUGGGUUCAUCAAGCGUGUGCUUCAGAAAAAGAAAUGCUGGAAAGCCUUUUUCAGUUGCCUGAUCAACAGAACAAUGGAAUCACUGUUCAUACAACAGACACUAUUAGUGGAUUGUUGGACUACGCAAUGGAAGGAACAACAAGACCACUUCGUUCUCGUAUGGAGCAAGUACUGGUGCUGCAACCUGGUGCUAUUACUUCUUACAAAGUAGCCAAUUUGAUUCAAUUCUAUACAAUGACACUUUCAAAAUUGAUGAGAAAGAAUGCUUCAUUAGAAAGAACCUUAUAUGAAAUGACAGAACUAGCUUACAAGUAUUUCUUCAAGACAUUGAGUGUUCAAGCAGAACGGUUGAUGCAAUCAGCAGAGCCACCCGAUAGAAGCUUAUCCAUUGCACCUACAGUCAGAGAUAUGACGAUUCAAUUAAAAGAAAUCCUGGCAUCAUAUGAUUCUUCUUUGAUUGUAGCAACGAAUAAUAUAGAAGGAUUACCUGAAUUUGACUUUUCGGAGAUAUUAGAUGCUAUCAUUGAGCCACUUAUAAAUACCUGUGAAAUGUCUGCAUCCAAACUCAAUAAGCUAGACCAAGAUAUCUAUAUAGUCAAUUGCUUGUAUCAUAUUCAGACUGUCAUGAUACCUUAUUCAUUUACUAAACAAAAAAGAGAAAAUAUUAAUGCACGUAUGAAUGAUGUGUUGACUGAAAUGGCUACAGAAGAGUUUGAACAGUUGCUUCGUCAAGCUGGUCUAGAACAAAUCAAACAGACGAUAGAAACAAAAGAUGAAGAGACACCUUUAUCUUCUUUGUCACAUAUGGACGCUGCUUCUCUUACAGAAGCCAUGUCAAAGUUUGAUUCAUUCUUGGUACUCAUGAGUGCAGAUAUAUCACCACAACUAGAAAAACUCUCUUCUACACAACACUAUCGACAAGUUCAAUCAGGUGCUAUUCGCUUACUCCUGGACACUUAUCGCAAUAUCAGUGAACAAGUUCAAUAUCCUAAGAAUGGUUACUUAAAUCCGGGUCUUAUCUUGCCAAGAACUGUGCAGGAUAUGGAAGCUAUUUUUUCUUUUGCUUUAGAAUGACAUGGUCGUUUAUUACAAUUAAAGGAAGAGUAUG